UAGUAGUUUGUGCUCUUAUUACAUAAAGUGAACCCGACAAAGACAGAUAGGAACGUGAACUAUAACAGUCUUUUGACUGUAGGUACGUUUCUCACUGGCAUUUGUCGUCUAAUUAAUAAACAAUCAUUUUUAAAUUGUCGUGGGAAUCGUGGGUGUGGUUAGUGGUUACUAAAAGUGAAGCGAGGAGCAAACGAUUGUGUAGCAAGUGAGCACCGCCCGCUCGCCCGAAGGAUGUCGGCCCCCGGUUUAACUUCAGAAGCCCAGCUGCGGUACAUGCUGCAGUGGUUCGGAGAAUUCAGUGAGCUGCAGAGGGAGGACUUCCUGCCAGUGCUGGCCGCUGCACGGGGAGACAAACCCGAUCAGCUGGCUGCUUCAAUGGCCUCUAUAACUUGUGAUGACAAGCCUGUCAGCCUUUUCCAGUGUCGGAUAAAACUAUUCAACGAGUGGUUUCCAACUUGGGCUGAGGAGGAACAAGACAGGCUGAUUAAGAGUGUCUCCGAGACAGACCCUGAGUUCGGAAAGAAAUUGCAGGAUGUCAUGUUAAACGGACCACAGGUAAAUGGUGAUCAGAACGGAUUCUUCGAAUAUCAUACACCAGCUCCGGAGGAAGAGAAAAAGACUGAAGACAGUGAGACCUGGAAUAAUGAAGAGAACGGACAUGCUGAGGUAGAGGAACCUGCUGCAGAGCCAGCGGUCCCUGAGAACAUUCCCGUAGAAAUUGCAGCUGCAUCUUAAUUUAAUGAUAAGGUUCUUUAUUUAAUUAUUUUUUUCGUUUUUUAAUCAUACCAGCACACAUUUGAAAAUAAAAUAUAGCCAAGAUCACACAAUGAGGACUACUAUUUUUCACAGCAGAUGGCGCUAAUGUCCAUCAUUCUAAAUUUCAAAUAUUUUAUAUCCAGUAACUCGGUCGCCGCAGAAGAAAAAAAAAGUUUAUUGGACCCAAAACUUUUCGCUACAUAACCAAUCUUGGCGCCAAACGCAGUCACGGUAGUCCUCAUCGAUGAAUAAGGGUUUUCAUUAAUUUUUUGUCUCUAGUAUUAUUAAAAUUAAUAAUAAAUGUUGCCAAGUUCACACUAUUACACAAAAGAAACAUACUAACCAGUCAAUUUAAAAAUUAAAUUAUGAAAUAUUAAAUUAUGUUUUGUGAAUAACUUAUAGUAUUCUAUUUGUACUAUUAUUGUCUGUAGCUAUUUGUUAGAUUCUCCUUUGUAUUGUAUUGAGGGAAGCUAAAGCCUUGUAUGGAAUGUAAACAUUCUGAUAUUCUCGAAUUCAAGAUAUUAUUACUAAAACUCGUGAAGUUGUAAACUUUAUUAAUCAUUAAUGAUAUUGACUGUGACUUUUUCCGUGUAGUUUCUAAGAUUAUUUAGACACCACUGACAAAUGGUGAAGGAAAAGAUCGUGAGGAAAUCUGGGCCUUAAAUCGCAUUGAGCAAGCGUGUUGAUUAAUUCUCAAACCUACUCAAUGCGAGGAGAGGCCUUUGGUCAGCUGUGGCCACUUAUAGGCUGUUGAUGUUGUAUGGUAUAAACAUUCCAUUUUAAUUCAUUCCACGCUAUCAUAAAUUAAUUUUAACAGUGUCUGUGGUACGAUGACAAGUAUUGUUUAGGACAUAAGUGAGUACUGCACUUACUUUCUCCAUAAUUAGAAAUACCAAAUUACUUAAGGUACUCAAACGAUUUUUUAUUUUAUUGUAAAAAAUCUACAAUAAUGAAAUUGUCAGCAUGUUAGAAGUAUCUAUAGUUAACUGACUCCUAAAACUAAAGCCAUAUAAAACACAUGUGCUAUAUUUUUGCCUUGAUAUUUUAUAUUCAAAGUUUCUUAAAAAUAACCAAUCAGACAGACUAAAUGUUAGAAAAUAUCCUUUCUAAAGAUUAUGGUCACUAUAAUAAUUUUCUAUGGUUAUAACCAUGAAGCAACUACAAAGAGGAGAUGCCAUAAUAAUAAUAUGAAUGUGCACUGUAGUAAUAAAAAACGACCCUGCCCAUAUUAUAAGUAUAUAUUAUAAGUAAAAAGGUGCUGCCAUAUUAUAAGUAAAAAGGUGUAGAUAGGCUGAAAGUGGCACAUGAAUUGGCAACGUUUUUGUAGUAUGAGACCACUAGAUUGAAAAUAGAGAGUAGCGUGGUUUGUAAUGUCCCGCACUCUCUGUAAAGUGUCACGCUUUGUGUUAAAGAUAAAUUCAGUUAUGACAUCUCCUCUUUGAAUAUUUGUCAUAGUUAUAACUUAUGAUGGUACCGUAGCCAUUUUGUUUUCCAUUUUCGCGGUUAUUGAAAUCUAAUAAUGUAGUACUUUAUAAGCUUAUGCUUGUGUAUGUAAGAAUUACACUCUUGAAUCUCUGUAUUUACUUUAUUACUGUAAUCAUGAUUAUUCUUUGCUCUUUCUCUACAUAAAAGCAUUAUCUUACUGUUUUACUAUUUAGUAUAGGCAGAUUAUGUAUAAUCGAUUUCAGUCUCCUAUUUUUCAUUUAUUGAUAUUACAAAAUAUAUUAUUAAAUGUAAGCUGUCAUUGGAUGUUAAAAACAUAAAAUUGUCUGAGACAUUGUCAUAUUUGUAUUGUAUAUUGCCAUAAACGUAAAUAAUUCGUAGCUUGGAUAAACAUGCGUGUCAGGGGAGAAUGGCGGGAUUUUACGAAAUGUGUAACCUACUUAUUUGUUCCCCUGUCCUACUGUAGCAAAAUUAUAUUAAAAAUAAAACCAAAUAUAAAAGAUCUUUGGAACGCUCCUAGAUCGUGUGAAGGAGAAAGUACAAACAUAAUAAUACGUGCCAAUAUGUAAUGAGUAGAUAUAUUUCAUUCUUUAUAUAGGAGUAUAUUUGUCCUAUGUUCACAAAAGUAAUAUAUUUCCGUAGUUGUAUUCUUUCGUGAUGGUCUGAAGUGUGAUUGUUAGGGCGAUGCAGGCGGGAGCCGGGCGAGACUAGAAGGAGGUCAUUUAUACAUCUAAUUAUAAAUAAAUUAUUUACUUAAUACAAAUUUUAUUAUAAUUGUAA